AUGCUCUCGUCUCAUAUCUACCAGUCUUCAAUCGUCCUUGCCGCUGUCACCAGUGUCUGCGCCCAAGGAAGCCCGCUCCGCCUCCUCGCUAACUACCAGGCUUGGGAUACCGACAACUUUGUUCCCUGCCCGCAGGAUAUCGCCCCGACCCAAGGUACCGUGAUUGAAGGCCAAUGCACCAACAUCGAGGGCUGGUCAUUCACAUUUAAUGCCACCGGUCCCGCAAAUGUCGGCUGUACCGUCCAGCUCUUCGAGGCGGCGGGCUGUGAAGGCUCGAGCGAUACGGUCAAGCUGCAGUCGAAUGAGCCCCAGAGCUCGUGCAUCGUUCCCGUGUACAGUUUCCCGCCACCCGCUAUCGGCGAGAUCGAGGGUGGGGCAAAGUCGGUCAUAGUGGACUGCACGGUGUGA